AUGAUUAUUCCCCUUUUCUUCUUGAUAAUCACAAGCACUUGCCUUCUUUUGCAUGGGCGGCAGGAAACUUUUACCCGUGACACAUUUCAACCAGCGAUAGCUGUUUUCGUCAGUAGUCACUCAGAUUUUGUUCAGUCUGCCUUCUCCCCUACUUCUCCUUCUCCUCCUCCUCCUCCUCCUUCUUCUUCUUCUUCUUCUUCUUCUUCUUCUUCUUCUUCUUCAUAUCCCCCCUCUCUUUCUAAGACGCACAGCACUCUCAGGAACCAGAAACGGCAUGAGAAGACAUUAAUAUCUUGCCAAUUCUUACCUUUUUCUUCUUCUUCUUUUUCUUCUUUUACUUCUUCUACUUCUUCUUCGUCUUCUCCUCCUCCUCCUCCUUCUACUUCUCAAAUUUCUUCUUUUAUUAUGUUAAUUUACCUCUUUCUCCUCUUCUGUACCUCUCUAAAUUAUUCUCUUUUGCGUCCUCUUCUCUUUUUUAUUGUCUUUUUUUCUUUUCAUUUUCUUUCUUUCUUUCUUUCUUUCUUUCCAUUUCUAUUUUUCUUUCCUUUAAUUUCUCUUUUUUUUCUUUCUUUUGAUGUCUCUUUUUGCUCUUUUUUUCUCUCGCUUCAUUUUCUUUCUUCAUUCGUUUUAGUCUUUUUCUGUUGUUUUCUUGUGAUUUUAAUUUUUUUUACCUUUGCUUUCUUUCUUUCUGUCUUUCUUUUCAUUUCUCCGUUUUCUUUCUUUUUUUUCGAUAUAUCUUUUUCUUCCUUUUUCUCUUUUUUUGCUUUGCUCUUUUUAUUCUCCUCUUUUUUUUCUUCUUUUCUAUGUUCUACAUUCUUCCUUUCUUUCUUCUCUCUUUUUUUUUUUAAUAUCCAUGGUUUAACCUUUCACUUUCGUCCCUUCAUUUUUCCUUCUUUCUUUUCCUACUUCAUACUAUCAAUUUCUAGUGUUUUCCUUGUUUUUUUUCUUCUUUUCUUGUCCCAUUUUCUUUUUCUUUCUUAUAACUUAAUUUUUCUUUCUUCAUCACGCUAUCACUUCCUCCAAUAUCUAUCCUUCUAUUGUCUACUUUCCACUUCCAUUUUUCUUUUUCUUUUCGUUUUCUUCUUUCUUUUCUUUUUGUUUUCCACUUUCUUUUCUUUUUGUUUUUCUCUUUCUUUUCUUUCCUUUUUUUGCUUUUCCUUUUCUUUUCAUUUCCUUUUCCUUUUUCUUUUCUUUUCUUUUUUCUUUUCUUUUUGUUUUUCUCUUUCUUUUCUUUUUUGUUUUUUUUUCAUUUCUUUUUUUUUUUUUCUUUUUUUUUUUUUUCCUUUUUUUUUUUUUUCUUUUUUUCCUUUUUCUUUUCUUUUCUUUUUUUUUUUUUCCCUUUUUUUCUUUUCUUUUUUUUCUUUUCUUUUUGUUUUCUUUCCUUUUUUUGCUUUUCCUUUUCUUUUCAUUUCCUUUUUCUUUUCUUUUCUUUUCUUUUUUCCCUUUCUUUUCUUUUUGUUUUUCUCUUUCUUUUCUUUCCUUUUUUUGCUUUUCCUUUUCUUUUCAUUUCCUUUUCCUUUUUCUUUUCUUUUCUUUUCUUUUUUCCCUUUCUUUUCUUUUUGUUUUUCUCUUUCUUUUCUUUCCUUUUUUUGCUUUUCCUUUUCCUUUUUCUUUUUUUUUUUUCUUUUUUUUUUUUCUCUUUUUUUUCUUUUGUUUUUCUUUUUCGUUUUCUUUCUUUUUUCAUUUCUUUUCGUUUUCUUGCCUUUCCUUUCUUUCAGUUUUAUUCAUUUUCCUCUUUCUUUUAUUUUCUUUUUGUUUUCCUCUUUCUUUUCUUAUUAUUUCUUUCCUUUUUCUUUUCUUUUCCUUUUCCUCUUUCUUUUUCGUCUUCCUCUUUCUUUUCUUCUCUUUUUCUUCAUUCCUUUCUUUACUUUUCGUUUUCCUCUUUCUUUUCGUUUUUUCUUUCUUGACGUUUACCUCUAUCUUUUCUUUCUAAUUUCUUUUUCCUCUUUCUUUCUUUCUUUCUUUCUUUCUUUCUUUUCAUUUCUUUUCAUUUUCCUCUUUUCUUUUCUUUUCUUUUCUUUUCUUUUUGCUCUUUUCUAUCUUUUCUUCAUUUUCUUCUUUCUUUUGUUUUUCAUCUUUUUGUUCUUUUUCCUUUUCCCUCUCUUCAUUUUGUUUUCCUCUUUCUUUUCUUUUCUUCCUUUUUUCCCCUUUCUUUAA